UCACUGAUAUAUGAUCUAAAUCUAAACUACAUGCAAGCUUUAUUCUAAUUUCAAGAUAAAAAGAUUCCUCUAACUGAAAAAAAAGUUUGAAAUUGACUAGUUCGCGACUUCGUGCCUGCAUUAUUUUGCCAGUCGAUUUGCGUAAGAGAUCUGGGGAGUAUAAACAACAUGCGUGACACAUGAAAGUUGUCUAUUAUGUUCGCAAGUAAAAUAUUUACAUCAUACUCCAUGACAAAUAUGGAGAGAACUUUUAUUUACUCAAAAAAGACAGGUUAAAUAAAAUCUUAAAAAAAUGUUUUUAGAGUAAAAUGCAAUCUUGCCCGCAGAGCUUCUUUUUUACUUUCUUGAUGUAUGCAGCCCUAACCACUAUUAGAUUGCAAAAAAAUAAGCCAUGUGAAAAGAUUUUUACAAGUUUUCAGAGCGUAUGAACAGUAAACAUUUUGCAGCAUAGAUCCUUAUAAAUUUCUAUAAUUAAUAUGCGCUCAAGACGAAUAAGUUCGCCAACAUUUUUGUAAAACUUCUAAAACAUCAUAUGCUUAUUAUACUACUGUACCAGUUUUUUUACUAAAUAAUAGUUAAAUCGUGCUGCGUAACAAUUCUUUCACUUGGAUAAUGGCAGAAACUAUCCACCCCUUCAAAGACUCAUACAUUCACCAGGUUAUGUAUAAAAAAAUGAGUGAGGAAAACUGGUUAGAAGACAAUGUGACUGCUGAUGCUGCUGCUGAAGAUGCACUAACAACAGCAACUGAAGAUGAAGCUUAUGUUCUGGGUGAUGAACCAGUCGACUCCUCAAUAAAUGAUGAUGCUGAAGAUCCUGAAAUCGAAGCCAUCAAAGCAAGAGUGAAAGAAAUGGAAGAGGAAGCAGCUAAACUUAAAGAAAUGCAAAAGGAGGCAGAAGAUUCUUUGAUGAGUCCCUCUCAAGCGGGAGCUGCUGCAAAUGGAACAGAUGACAAAGCUGAUGUUGAUUCAAGGUCGGUUUAUGUAGGAAAUGUGGACUACUCUGCAACUGCAUCUGAACUGGAACAGCACUUUCAUGGUUGUGGGUCUGUGAAUCGAGUGACAAUUUUAUGUGAUCGAUUCACUGGCCACCCUAAGGGGUUUGCUUAUGUGGAGUUUGCAGACAAAGAGAGUGUGGAAACUGCUUGUCAACUAACCGACUCUUUGUUCAAAGGUCGUCAAAUCAAGAUCUCGUCGCGCUCAGUGGUUCUCGCCCUACUAGAAGGUAUGUUUCGCUAUAUGUUUGUUGUUUCCUGCUGAAUAUUUUUUAUGUUAUGCCUGUUUUGCAGAUAGAUACACUGCAGACGAGCCUUUGUUUACAAAUGAACUUACUUCCUAUCAUAGGUUAAGAAAAAGAGAGGGAAAAGAAUAAAAAAAGAAGCGAAAAAAAAAGCAGAAAAAUAAUGUACCAGAGAAAAAAGAAUACCGAUAAUUCCCUCAAAGAAAAAAAAUACGGUACAAAAAAAAACAACUGCUCUAACUUAGGGUUGUUUUUGGUUUUUUAAUGAUAACUGGUUAUUUUUUUCAUUCUUUUGCGUUGAAUUCUAUCUGGUGGUAACUGCAAACACGAUAACCACGUUAGACCGGAUGUUGGUUGAAGAAAAGUGUUAUCUAUUUUCGCUUACGCUUUCACUUGUAUAUAUGUUUUUGAAGCAACAGAUGUGUACUUUGUUGUUA